GGCGGGCUCUGCAGGGAAGUGCGUCAGAGGAGGCGCGGGGAGAGUAGGGUGCUGUGGUUUGAGCUUGAGGGUGAAGCUGGCGGAGCAGGAGGAUGGGCGUGUGCAGGUGAUAGACUAGAGAACAAGACCUCUGUCUCCGUAGCAUCCUGGAGCAGUCUGAAUGCCAGAAUGGAUAACCGUUUUGCUACAGCAUUUGUAAUUGCUUGUGUGCUUAGCCUCAUUUCUACCAUCUACAUGGCGGCCUCAAUUGGCACAGACUUCUGGUAUGAGUAUCGAAGUCCAGUUCAAGAAAAUUCCAGCGAUUUGAACAAAAGUAUCUGGACUGACUUUGCUAGUGAUGAGGCAGAUGAAAAGACUUAUAAUGAUGCACUUUUCCGAUAUAAUGGCACAGUGGGAUUGUGGAGACGGUGUAUCACUAUACCCCAAAACACAUACUGGUAUAGUCCACCAGAAAGGACAGAGUCAUUUGAUAUGGUCACAAAAUGUAUCAGUUUCACGCUAAAUGAGCAGUUCGUGGAGAAAUUUGUUGAUCCUGGAAACCACAAUAGUGGGAUUGAUCUGCUUCGGACCUAUCUUUGGCGUUGCCAGUUCCUUUUACCUUUUGUUAGUCUAGGUUUGAUGUGCUUUGGGGCUUUGAUUGGACUUUGUGCUUGUAUCUGCCGAAGCUUGUACCCCACCAUUGCCACAGGCAUUCUCCAUCUCCUUGCAGGUCUGUGUACACUGGGCUCAGUGAGCUGUUACGUUGCUGGAAUUGAACUACUCCACCAGAAACUGGAGCUGCCUGAGAAUGUGUCUGGCGAAUUCGGAUGGUCCUUCUGCCUGGCUUGCGUCUCAGCUCCCUUACAGUUCAUGGCUUCUGCUCUCUUCGUCUGGGCCGCUCAUACCAACCGGAAAGAGUACACCUUCAUGAAGGCAUAUCGUGUGGCAUGAGUGGGAAGCUGCCUGCUUUACAAUUGCCAUUUUUAUGAUUUUUUGAUAUUAAUAUUUUCCCUUAUCUGCCCCCCAAUUGUUUUUAAUUUAACUCUUUUUUUAACGGGUAUACCGUUUUAUCCUGAAAAUCCAUUUUAUUUAUUCACGCAGACGUUUCUUAAUACCACUAAAAUUUAUAUGGAACCUGAGUGAUUCCAUCUUUCAGUCAAACUAAUCUAGGUUCAGAGUCCAGACAGAAACAAAAUGGGUAAACUCUUGGCACAAAUUUGUGAAAGAAAAUUGGUAGGAGGAGGUUGACCCAAAGCAAGUUCUGCUGAGGUCUGUUGGAUAAAGUAUCUGUUUAACUGGAAACUCUAGUUUGUUUGGGAAACAAUCAUUGUCAAAACUUAUGUUCACUUUGCUGUUGUAGAUAGCCAGUCAGCCAGAGGUAUUAGUGCUGUUUUCAGGGACUUAGGCUAUCUAAGGAAAUUAUCUAAGAUCUUUUUCUCUAAAUAUUGGCAUAUAACUUCAUCUGAGGUGAAAUAUCUUCAGUUGUUUAUCUGUACUGUGUCUGUUUACAAGAAAGGAAGUGUUUACAUGGAAUUUUAACUUUGUAACUGCAAGAAUUCCAGUUCAGCCAGAGAAGAGGAUUAACCUUAUUUACUUUUUUUUUAAAACUCUCCUUAAUACGUCAAUAAGAUUUUCAGUAUCGCCAAACCAUUUUGGAUUUUUGUUCCUUCCCUCCUCACCCACCAGACUUAUUAAAAGAGUGCUUUUUUUUAACACUACAUUGGGGUCACAGAGUAAAAUUCUCCAACUGCCAUAUGUUUAUUUCAGCUAAGUACCAUAAAGAAGGUUACACCAUAAUGACCCUCUGGAGCUAGGAAAACUACCACAAGAUCUAAAGCUUUGGCUGGUCGUUAACUUCCAACUAUGGUCUUUAUUUCUUGUGGUGAAAUGAUGUGCCUUUCCUUGCCUAAUCCCUUCCUGGUGUGUAUCAACAUUAUUUAAUGUCUUCUAAUUCAGUCAUUUUUUUAUAAAUAUGUCUAUAAACAUUGAACUUUAAAAAAUCUUAUUUAUUUAUUCCAUUACUGUAGUACUUGACAGAUUUAAAAAAUAAAUGUAACUUAGUAAUAAUUUCUUACAAAAUCCUAGAUCUGUCUUUUUUAAAAAAUAAAAAAUGAGAAGAGACUCAGAAUUGUGUAUAGUGUCUGAGUUGAUUAAAUCUCAGUACCUUAGGAUAAAGAAGUACAGGAUUCUGAAUGAGGAUUUUGUGAUUUUCUGUGGGAAAUGCAUUGUUGCUCUGUAGGCCUAUCUUUAUGUCCAGUGUUUGGGUCUCUGUUUUAUCUUCCAGAAAAUGUGGGAACCCCUUGCCCCCAUUAGAAAAUAAGAGACUAUUUCUUAUGCUUCAGCGUUUUAAAGCAUGUUUUCAAAGUAGUUUUGUGAUCAUUGUGUAUCAUACUUAACAUGGCUAGUUUUUCAUAAAGUCA